AUGACCGCUAGACCGCUUCCUCCGUUCCUGCCAGAUGGCGCAGACUCCUUCCGAGCCCACGCCCCCGAGCAUCUCGACGACUGGUUCGAGUACUUCAAAAGUGUCUACACCUACGCCGAGGAAGCCCAGAACCGUAUCUCUCACCUCGAGGACCAGCUCCAAGCCGACCAAGAGAAAAUCCAGGAUCGAGAGCAUACCCUCCAGCGGAUCGCUAAAGAGCGCGACGCUGUACAAAUCCAACUCGAAUAUGUUGAGCAACAGACCAAGAGAACCUUGAAAGAGAAAGAUGACGCCCUCUUUGAAGCCCGCCUGGCCGAACGGCGUGCCCUCGACGCCACCCGACCUACCGUACCUACUAUCCGUGAACCCCCGAGACUAGCGCUCCCGCUGAGCUUCGUGUAG